UGACUUGGCAUCGUCACAUUCCCUAAUUUUGCUUAUUUAUUAACUUUGCAUUUGUAUAUAUAUAUCAAGAACUAAUUGAAUCUGCACAACAAGGAACAAGAAUCAGGAUGGCAAGGCCACAUGUGAUGGUCGUACCUUACCCAGUACUAGGGCAUGUGAUUCCUCUAAUGGAGUUUUCACUACUCUUAGCCAAACAAGGAAUCAAGGUAACCUUUGUAAACACCAAAGAUAAUCAUGAGAGGAUCAUGAGUGCAUUUUCAAGUGGGAAUGAUGUGUCAUCUCAAAUUUGUCUAGUGUGGAUAUCUGAUGGGUUAGAAUCCUCAGAGGACAGGAAAAAGCCAGGUAAAUCAUCUGAAGCAAUCUUGAAGGUUUUGCCAGAGAAAGUUGAGGAGCUAAUUGAAUGCAUCAAUGGAUCAGAGAGUGAGAAGAUUACAUGUGUCCUUGCUGAUCAAAGCAUUGGAUGGGCACUUGAUAUUGCAGAAAAGAAGGGAAUUAGAAGAGCAGCCUUCUGUCCUGCAUCAGCUGCACAGUUGGUGUUGGGAUUGAACAUUCCAAAGUUGAUUCAUAAUGGGAUCAUAGAUCAAGAUGGAACUCCAAUGAAAAAACAGGUGAUUCAGCUAGCUCCUACAAUGCCAAGUGUAAGUACAGAAAAACUUGUCUGGCUUUGUGUGGGGAACAAGACUAUUCAUAAGCACAUUUUUCAACUCAUGUUGCAAAACACAAAGUCCAUUCAGAAAGCUGAAUGGCUGCUUUGCAAUUCAACUUAUGAGCUUGAAUCUGCAACAUUUUCUAUGGCACCAGAAAUCAAACCUAUAGGGCCACUUCUGUCAAGCAAUCACUCUGCAGGAAAUUUCUGGCCACAAGACCUUACUUGCUUGAAAUGGCUAGAUCAACAAUCACCAUGUUCAGUAAUAUAUGUUGCAUUUGGAAGCUUUACAACUUUUAGUCCUUCCCAAUUCCAAGAACUGUGUUUAGGUCUUGAACUUUCCAAUAGACCUUUCCUGUGCGUUGUGCAACCGGACAUAACACAAGGGUCAAAAAAUGCAUAUCCAGAAGGAUUUUUAGAAAGGGUAGUUGACCGUGGUAGGAUGGUGGGUUGGACAUCACAGCAGAAAAUCCUGAGCCACCCUUCAGUUGCUUGCUUCAUAAGCCACUGUGGUUGGAACUCCACAGUGGAAAGUGUCUGCAAUGGGAUACCAAUUUUGUGUUGGCCUUACAUUGCUGAUCAGUUCCUAAAUAGGAGUUACAUUUGUGAUGUUUGGAAGGUAGGGCUAGGGCUUGAACCAGAUGGGAGUGGCAUGAUCACACAAGGUGAAAUCAGAAGCAAAAUCCAGCAACUUUUGAAUGAUGAACAAUUCAAAGCAAGGGUUAAAGAUCUCAAGGAGAAGGUUCAAAUUGGAACUGGACAAGGUGGUUUGUCAAACAAUAAUCUAGACAGCUUCAUCAGCUGGAUAAAAACAUAGAGUUGCAAGCAUUUUCUAGAUGUGGAGCCUACUUGGAUCCAACCUUAUAAAGUUUUUUAAAACUUCUAUAUUGAAAAUAAAGAACUUUUUCUGGUAGAAAAGUUCUAAAAACACUUCUAAACUUCUAUUUAAACAGACUCUUAAUUAAAUCAUGCUUUCGGAUUCCUUUCCUUUCCCCUCUUUUGUGUUUCUGUAUGUAUUCCUUUGUACAGCGAGUUCAUCUCUCUUUUUAGUUCAAUUGUACUAUUGUAUUAUAAUAAUAAAAUCACAAACGCAUCAAUCAUC